CGUUUGAAAACAGCCGCCGACGGAGUUCCCCAGUAUGUCCGUGAAAGACGUAGCCAUUUCCAGCACCAUGAGGCCUGACGAGUACGUGGCGAGAAAUAAAGUGCAGCGAGAAAAUAGCAUUUAUGCCUUGGAACUACUCGAAGGAUCAUUUGGGAGUGAUGACACCUCUGACCACCAGUUUCUCGACGUGGGCUGCGGUCCUGGAGACGUCACGCGCGACUGCCUUCUUCCUCGCUGCCCUCCGUGCCGAAGGAUCGUGGCCGUUGACGUGUCCGAGGACAUGGUGAAGUACGCCCAGGAGCAUUUCGCCCAUCCCAAGAUCUGCUACGAUGUCCUGGACAUUGGAUCUAAGGAUAUUUCAGACUUCGUCGAGCGCCACGGAGAGUUUGAUCGCGUCUACUCUUUCUUCUCCUUGCACUGGAUCACGGACCAAGAAACGGUCUUGAAAAAUGUCGCCAAGUUGAUGAAACCCGGAGGAGGCUGUCUUCUCCUUUUUACUGCUUCCAGUCCUAUGAUGCGCUUCCGGAAAAAAAUGACCGAAAUGGAGCGUUGGCAGAAGUACAUAAAGAUCUGUGCGGGCUGUGUUCCUCCGAGCAUAGACCUAGCGGACCAAGGAGCCCUCAUCGCUUACCUGAUGGACCUCCUGAAGACCGCCGGGUUGAUACCCACAACAUACGAGCUGCUUCGACUGCAGCCUCCGUACACCAGCCUGGAGAAAGUGAUUGAGUAUCAAAUGGCUGGGAAUAUCCUGACAACCAUCGUCACAGAGGAAGAAAGGUCUCUCCUGCUCGAAGAUGUCACCGAGCAAGCGAAAGAGUGGUGGGCUCAGAAAGAAGCCGGCGGCUCACCUUUCGACUGUCAGGUGUUCCUGGUGCACGCCCUCAAGCCUAGGUCGUAG